GGGGCCUGAGCCGCUAAGAUGGCGGCGGCGGGGGCUGCUGCGGGCCGCGCGGGGCCCGGGAUUCUGGGGCCGGGGACCGAGUAGCGCCCUCCUCGGCCCCCGCGCGUUCUGCUCGCGGGGCGCCUUGGGGAGCGGCGGCCACAGCCCCCACCCGGGCCCUCGGUCUGCCCUCCCGGCGCGUCCAUGAACUCGGUGUCGCCGGCCGCCGCGCAGUACCGGAGCGGGAGCCCGGAGGACGCGCGCCGGCCCGAGGCCCGCAGGCCGCGGGGCCCCCGAGUCCCGGACCCCAACGGCCUCGGGCCCUCUGGAGCCAGCGGCCCCGCUCUUGGUUCGCCCGGCGUCGCCCCCGGUGAGCCUGACGAAGUGGACAAGUUCAAAGCCAAGUUCCUGACAGCCUGGAACAACGUCAAGUACGGUUGGGCAGUUAAAAGCCGGACGAGCUUUAGCAAGAUCUCCAGCAUCCACCUCUGUGGCCGUCGCUACCGAUUCGAGAGCGAGGGUGACAUCCAGCGUUUCCAGCGGGACUUUGUGUCCCGCCUGUGGUUCACAUACCGCAGGGACUUCCCGCCCCUCCCUGGGGGCUGCCUGACCUCAGACUGCGGCUGGGGAUGCAUGUUACGCAGUGGGCAGAUGAUGCUGGCGCAGGGCUUGCUGCUGCAUUUCCUGCCCCGAGACUGGACAUGGGCCGAGGGCACAGGCCUGGGUCCCCCUGAGGUGUCGGGCUUGGCCUCUCCCAGCCGGUACCAUGGGCCUGCCCAUUGGAUGACCCCAUGCUGGGCCCAGGGCACCCCUGAACUGGAGCAGGAACGCCGGCACCGGCAGAUUGUGUCCUGGUUCGCCGACCACCCCCGGGCUCCCUUCAGCCUACACCGGCUAGUGGAGCUUGGGCAGAGCUCAGGCAAGAAGGCGGGUGACUGGUAUGGGCCAUCGCUGGUGGCGCACAUCCUCAGGAAAGCUGUGGAGAGCUGCUCCGAGGUCACCCGCCUCAUGGUGUAUGUUUCUCAGGACUGCACAGUGUACAAGGCAGAUGUGGCACGCCUGGUGGCCAGACCAGACCCUGCAGCCGAGUGGAAGUCUGUGGUCAUCCUGGUGCCCAUGCGACUGGGUGGCGAGACUCUCAACCCCGUGUAUGUGCCCUGCGUGAAGGAGCUCCUGCGUUCGGAGCUGUGCCUGGGCAUCAUGGGUGGGAAACCACGGCACUCGCUGUACUUCAUCGGCUACCAAGAUGACUUCCUGCUCUACCUGGACCCCCACUACUGCCAGCCCACUGUGGAUGUCAGCCAGGCUGACUUCCCCUUAGAGUCCUUCCACUGCACCUCACCCCGCAAGAUGGCCUUCGCCAAGAUGGACCCGAGCUGUACUGUGGGCUUCUAUGCUGGAGGCAGGAAGGAGUUUGAGACACUCUGCUCAGAGCUGACCAGGGUCCUCAGCUCCUCCUCCGCCACCGAGCGGUACCCCAUGUUCACCUUGGCCGAAGGCCACGCUCAGGACCACAGCCUGGAUGACCUCUGUUCCCAGCUCUCCCAGCCGACGCUGCGGCUCCCUCGCUCAGGGCGGCUCCUCAAGGCCAAACGCCCAAGCUCCGAGGACUUCGUGUUUUUAUAAAAGGAGGGGAUUGGGGGGAAGAUGCAUCACUAUUUAUUUUUUUAUUUAUGUCAAGGCGGGUGUGGGCACUUGAACUCUGGCAGUGAUGGGAUUUCCUGUUCUCAGCCCCCAACAAGCCCAGCUGCAACGAGUCUAGGAGACCACUAGGCUGGGGCUAUUCAGCCAGGGACAGUGCCCAUGCCCCUGCCUCCCACCAGCCAGGCCCUCCUGGCAGGGAAGAGAGGGAGGGUGGACCCCCGGGCACCCACUCAGGGCCUGACUCAAGUACUGUAGUUUGCACUGGACCGCCUGGGCCUCUGGCUGGUCCUGAAGCCCCUGUCCCAGGGGAACUGUGGCCACCGGGGUCUAAUAAAGCUGUUUGACUUGAA